UCAUUCCUGGUACCGAUAUUCACAUACGGUUCACAGGAGCACAGUCCUUCCACGAGCAGAUCAAUGGACUGCAGCAAACAAAGAAGCAUGACUUACACACCCAGCCCCAGCCCCAGCCCCAAGUCCAGGCUCGGACCCAGGACCAAUUAUUAAAAGAUGGGUCCCAGUCCCAGGUGCAGGUGCAGGUGCAGGUGCAGCCGCAGCUAGUUCCCCUGCUGCUGUUCACGGCCGUGUCUACGGGUGUGGAUCGGCAGAUACAUCUAGACACCCCUGGGAUCGCCAAGCAUCUGCUACCGCUCGGCGAGGAUGUCAUGACGUUUGUGCGCAGUUCGGUACGCAGCAUCAAUCUGCUGGUCAAG